ACCCUUUUGGAUUUAUAUCGUUCAACUCCUUUAUAAGGUCAUAUAGCAUUAUAAUAUGAGGUUGUAUCAAACACUAGUUUUAACAACGCUAUGUAUUACCAAUGUAGUGCACGCGAUUUGGUUGGACACAAACAACGACACAACAAUUCGAGAAGAUUGUAAUUUAAUUGCCAAGGGUCUUUUAGAUUAUUACGAAGGUACCAAGUAUGGUGGAACCAUUGGUAUGUUCACUCCUCCAUACUAUUGGUGGGAAGCCGGUGGUGCCUGGGGUGGGCUUAUUGACUAUACUUUUUUCUUUGAAAACGACACCUUAGUUCCGUUAAUUAAAGCUGCAUUGGAAUACCAAACCGGUGAUGACAACAACUACGUGCCUUUAAAUCAAUCCACCACUGAAGGUAAUGAUGAUCAAGGGUUCUGGGGUAUUGCCGUUAUGGGUGCAGCCGAAAGAAAUUUCAGUAACCCAGAAGAUCCUGACAAGGCUUGGUUAACUUUGGCACAAUCUGUGUUUAACACUAUGACUGCCAGAUGGGAUGAAAAUGAGUGUAAUGGUGGGUUGAGAUGGCAAAUUUUCCAAUGGAAUUCAGGUUAUGAUUACAAAAACUCGGUUUCUAACGGGUGUCUUUUCCAUAUUGCUGCCAGACUAGCAAGAUAUACUAGUAACGAUACUUAUGUUGAGUGGGCCGAACGUGUUUGGGAUUGGAUGUACGGAGUUGGUUUGUUAACUGAGGGAGACUGGUGGUUUGUUUAUGACGGUGCCAAGGUUGCUAAUAACUGUUCCAAUAUCACCAAGUAUCAAUGGACCUAUAACCAGGGUUUAAUGUUGGCCGGUUGUGCAUACUUGUAUAGUUAUACUCAAGAUAAAAAAUGGUACAACUAUACCCACAGGUUGUUGGAUGGAUCCCGAGUCUUCUUCAAGAACAUUUCAGGAAGUAUGGUUAUGUAUGAAGCCGCAUGUCAACCAUCAGGAACAUGUAAUAAUGAUCAAAGAUCUUUCAAGGCAUACUUUUCCAGAUUCUUGGGAUUGACAUCAGUGUUGGUACCUGACACCGAACCAAUAAUCACUAAAUGGUUGGUUGAUUCUGCCAAUUCUGCAGCAGGUUCCUGUUCAGGUGGUACUGAUGGUCAUACAUGUGGUUUGGACUGGACUAACUGGACCCGAGGUUGGGAUGGAAUGUACGGAUUAGGGGAACAAAUGUCGGCCUUAGAAGUUAUGCAAAACUUAAUGGCACAUAAACGUCCUGCUCCUUACACUGCUUCCAAUGGUGGCUCGUCACUUUCUAACCCUGCAGCUGGUUAUGGUACCUCGAUUACCAAUACUUCACCAUUACACCUUGGACCUGGUGAUAAAGCCGGUGCUGGUAUAAUUACUGCUAUUGUUGGAGUAUCUUUAAUAGGAACGUGUGUUUGGUUGAUUUUGUAAACACGAUAUUUCUAACAGGGAAGGUUGUAAAUGAUGAUAUUUAUAGAAAUAUAUUUUAUGUUCAUUGUAAUGUUUCAGAAAGAAAUUGACGAGUAGGCGUUAGUAGCAUUGUCCGAUGUUUUAUCUAAACUUGACGCAAAAUCAUCAGGAAUUUUUAACUGGAACAAAUAUUGCAGGACAUUUCCCUUGAUAUUUGACCAACACGGUAAUUAUUCAGCUCCAGUCUUUUGAAAGUUUUAUAAGACAAAUAAUAGGAAAGAAGCUAAACUUUUUAGUCAAUCUCAGUCAUAUUCCAAUAGUCAGUAACUAAAUCAGCGACUAAUCGACUAUCACGUGACCAUAAUGCUGAAGUGUUUGUGGCGUCUACAAUCUUCAUCAUUUGAUCUGUAUUCAUACAUACUUGGUGACAGAGUCUUUGUACAUACGAUGCUAAUUAGUUAUUUGUUUCUUAAUGCUGACAAUGAUUACGGCCCAGUCAUUGAAUUCUGGAGAGACACUUUUUGUACUUGUUCUAUAGAAAGCAACAUGAUAAUAGAAUACACAAUAAAACUUAAAUUUAAUUCAAGAACUCCCUUCCUGGUGGUUCCUGACGCCUUUCAACAUAUCAAAACAUUCAAUAUCAUACCAAACCCUAGUACUUCUUGAAGAAAGUGUUAGGUCGUGCAAAUACCAACCAGAUUGUUCUUGGUCCUCCCCUUUCUUUG